AUGGUCCACUAUGCUGAAAAUAGCAUGUACAGCUCCCCUAGCAAGCCAGCUAUUGGUGAUUACCAGACAGAACCUAUUGAAAGCACGAUAGUGCCUGUCUUAGUGGCAUCCCCGUCAAUAAAAAGAAAACCAACUACCGACGUCGAGUAUAUCGAGUCAGAGUAUUCACGUUACCAACAUGCCUUGUAUCAACUCGGGCUCUUUGCCCCUGAACUUGUGUGCACUGUUGUUCAUGUUCUCUCUCAUUGCAGGCUAGGGCUCCAUGUACACAAAGAGGACUGGUCGCAUGAGGAUCGCCCGUGCAGGACGAUGGCGUCGGCUGCAGCCAUGCCACGCGGACAUGCCGUUAGAUUCGGGGGCCAAAUUGCUGUGGUUCAUGAAGGAGUAAUGAACGACAGACCACAGUUGUGUCUCGGAGAUGAAGAAUGUGCAGUGCUCCGAGUGCAAGACGCUCUUUUUGGUCGAUCUAGGCGUGUCACAUCAUAUUUGGUUACACGGGAAGUCUUGCUUCUUCUUGUCUGA